UUGCCGGGAAGCCCGGGAAAGUGGGCCUUCUUUCCCACCCAGCUGGAGACGUGGGUGGGAAUUCUGCCCGGUCCUUUGGGUCACCGGGGCAGGGUCCGAAGGGAGAGGUCCGGGAGGCGAUGCAGUCUGACGACCUUUUCAUCCGCAAGAUCCGACGCCACUCCAAUCGCCCGCCUCUCACCUCCCUCUCUUUCGACACCUUCCGGGCGCCCAAGCCUGCGGUCAGCGAGGGCCCCUGCGGCCCCCUGCUGAGGUCUCCAAGGCGUAGCUAUCUCAUGCAUCGCAGCAACAGUGACGUGACGCUAAGCGAAGGGGAGUUGGGCGUCACCCCCGCCCCCACCCCCGGCUCUGCCUUGCCUCCCGCCCCCGGAGCGGCGAUACACCGCGUCAGCAGCAGUCCAAAUUCGUCCGUGAAGGGGCCGGCGCCCCCCCGAGCCCGGGCACACAGCCAUGAAGAGCCCCGGGCCGGCAGCCCCACCGCACGGCGCUUCCGCGACCCCCUGCUCCUGCUAGGCUUGGCGCCCACCGAAGUCUGGGAAACCGAGGCGGACGGCACGCUGCCGGGUGAUGGAGGCGGCUGCCAGCCUGUGCCCGAGGCGGCCGCUCCGGUCUGGGGCCGCCACUUGGCUCACUACGACGUCCAGAGCAUCCUGUUUGAGCCGGGCGAAGUGGCGCGAGAAGCCGAGAAGCCGGGCAACGUCACCACGGGGGCAUCGGCGGCUUCUCAGUCCCGACAGGUGGACGCCACGGCCCCCUUUGAGGGAGAGGCGGGCGAGGACAAAGACGGGUCUCUGGUGCUCAGGUGCCCCUGCUUCCGCGUGGAGGCCGGAGGCGAGGUGGAGUGGGGUCUCGGCCAACACAGAGGGUCCCUGGCGGGGUUUCACUGCCCAAACAUGGCCGUUUCUGUGCUGGAGGAGCCUCGAGAAAGCUACGGGCAGCGAACCAGCCGGACCAGCUACGCCGUUGAAUACGCCGAUCUUGGAGCCUGUUACUACCGGAAGCAUUUCUAUGGCAAGGAACACCAGAAUUUCUUCGGAGUGGACGAUCAACUGGGCGCCGUGGCUGUGUCACUCCGGCGCGAGGAGAAAGAAGGCAGUUCUGGACCCCAGUACAACUACCGCCUUAUAAUACGCACAAGCCAGCUCCGGACUCUACGAGGAUCCAUUCUGGAGGAUGCUGUUCCCCUUGCCGCUCGCCACACCUCGCCUCGAGGCAUCCCUCCCAAGAAGCUUCUGGAACACGUGAUUCCUGAGCUCAACCUGCAAUGUCUCCGCCUGGCCUCAAAUUCCCCCAAAGUUCCAGAGACCUUACUCAAGUUGGACGAGCAAGGGCUCAGCUUCCAGCGAAAAGUAGGGGUGCUCUAUUGCAUGGCCGGCCAGUGCUCCGAAGAGGACAUGUACAACAAUGAAAAAGCAGGGCCAACCUUCCAGGAAUUCCUGGACCUGUUGGGCGACCGUGUAUGCCUCCGCGGCUUUGACAAGUACCGUGCGCAACUAGACACCAAGAAUGAUUCUACGGGCACUCACUCACUCUACACCAUGUAUCAGGACUAUGAGAUCAUGUUCCACGUCUCUACCAUGUUGCCCUACACUCCAAACAACCAACAGCAGCUACUGAGGAAGCGUCACAUUGGGAAUGACAUUGUGACCAUCAUCUUCCAAGAACCCGGCGCCUUGCCCUUCACGCCGCGCAUGAUGCGUUCCCAGUUCCAGCACGUCUUCAUUGUGGUGAGAGUGCACGAAUCAUGCACGGAGCACACUACCUACAGCGUCGCAGUGAGCUGCACCGAAGACAUCCCGCCGUUCGGUCCCUUCAUCUUGGCUAAGAACUGCUUCGUCAAGGGCCCCGCCUUCCGGGACCUUCUGCUCGCCAAGGUGAUCAAUGCAGAAAACGCGGCCGAGCGCUCCGGGAAGUUCCACGCCAUGGCCACGCGCACCCGCCAGGAGUACUUGCGUGACCUGGCCCUCAAUUACACCACCACCAGCACCUUGGAGGCCUCCUCGUCCCGCCUCGUCCUCAUGGCUUUGGCUGCGAAGAAGCGGGAGAAAUCUAAAGUGCCGAAAGCCGCAGAGGCACACAGCGCGGGGGCUUUGGUGUGGGGCGUGUGGGCACGGGACGGCAGCAGAGGACCCGAGAGCAAGACUUCGGAGCUCCGGGGCCUGCUGGGCAUCUCGGCGGAGUUUCUAGUCCUCAUUGACGCCCGCGAGAAAAGGGUGGUCUUUAAUUGUUCCUGCCGGGACAUCCUGGCUUGGACCUUCUCCGAGAGCUGCACUUUAGACCUCUACUACGAGACGGGAGACUACAUCUGCAUGCGUGUGGACGAGGAGCAAGCAUCUGAUAUUCGUGACAUUGUCCACCGGUUGCAGCUGGUGACCCGAGGCUGUGAGACGCGGGAGCUGACCCUGUUGCGGAAUGGAGUCGGGCAGCUGGGCUUCCAGAUGGACCACGAGGGCUUCGUGACCGAGGUGGAGCGCUUUACCUUUGCCGAAAAGGCGGGACUCCAGCCCGGGGCUCGCUUGGUGCGGGUCUGCGAGAGACCCCUGCCCAGCCUCAGCCACGCCCAGACCACGGAGCUCCUGCGCACGGCCAAGAAGGUCACCAUCACUGUGGUGCCCCCAGAUGAGAACGGGAAACCCAGGAGAAGCUUCUCAGAGCUGUACCAAAAGUCUUUACAAGAGAAGAGGCGAAGUGAGCCACCAGCUGGAGACGUGGAGCUGACCAGGCCGGGGAGCGAAGCGGGGUUCAAACCGGCCACACUCCAGCUCCUGCACUCACUGUCCCUGCAGGACGGGCCCCCCCACAGCCUGGCAGAGGAGAGGACUGAGUUUCUCUGGAGUAACAGCGAUGGAACGCCUGGACCUCUGAACCCGGUGCCACCUCAGGACACCCCCGUGGUAGCCAGCCCCCCUCCAGAUCUGAUCUUGGCUGCCACGCCCAAGGCUCCCCCAAACCUGGAUACAGACCGUCCCGGAGACCCUGCCAUGAACAAAAAAAGCCCCCUCGCGGGCCCAGAGGUCAAAGGUCCGCGACCCCUUCCGCCUGGAGAGAAGCCCCCUCUCUCCUCAGAAUCCAGCGAAACGGAUAAGUUCCUGCCCCGGACGCUUUCUCUGCGGAACUCCAUCACCAAAAUUCUGUCCGAAGCGAGCGAGUCCCUGGAAGACGAGUGGGAAUCGAUUGCCAACUUGGCGUCUGCUUGCAACAACCUCCUGGAAGCCCUGUCGAGAGAAGGGCAACAGGAGCUGGAGAACCGGGAACCCUUGUGCAGUGCGGUGCAAAAAGCCACAAUGCAGCCACAGCCCCACGAAGAGUCCCAGGAUGAUCUUAGUCUUGCUGACAAGGUCUUGAAGUUAGAAUCAACGCUCAAGACACUACAGGAAGAUCUUCAGAGGGAGAGGGCCGAAAAGGCAGCCUUGCAGGCCGAAGUGCAAACCCUGCAAGAGAACACGCAGCGCCUGAAGGAGGCAUCAGAGACGGCCGCAGCCCAGCUCAGCCAGGUCACACAGAUGCUGGGCGGCCCGCCGGCGGCCCCCCACUGCCCCUGAGGCACCCAAGACGUCCCCUUCCACCUCCGUGUCCCCACGAGGGGUCACCCGGCUCGUUGGUUCUCUCGGUUUUCUCGGGGUGCAACAGAGACUUUGGACAGGCUGUACGGUUAUCCAGCUCCCCACCACCCCUCCCCGCCCUUAAGACGCACGACCCACCGGCCUGCGAUCCGGUUCUCUCCGCUGGCCUGGGGGACAUUGACUAUUUCCAGAACGGGUUUUGGGGAGACGGACACGUGGGUCCAAACGAGCACUGUUUUCAUCCAGCCUUCCUUAGCGAAAGGAGCUCCUUGAACCCCUGUUCGUGGACACCUACCUUCCAAGACCUGCUGUCCCUUCCUCUAUUUGUACACCAGCCUGUAACCUUUAGUCCGGAGCUGUACGGCCCUCCUAGCUGUGGGUGGGUCGUUUCGAUGGUCGUCGUGGUCGUCGUCGUCGUGUUGCCGGUUUUCAUUUUUCUGUUUUUUUUUUUUAUUAUUGAAUUACGAUUUGGGGCCCGGGACUUUUCUGGACUAUUGUCACUAGCCCCAGUGGGAAACGCCACGGCUAAAUUAAUUCACCAGGCAAUAACUGCAGUUCUCCUCCGAGGUAGGGGAGGGUGUACUCUUGCCCCGUGUUGUAUGACGCAGCAGGGUCAGCGGGGCGGGGAAGACCUGCGCCGUCCUUCUUGGCACCUUUGAUUCCUCCUCCUCCUCCCUCCCUCCCUCCCUCUUUCCCCUCUCCCUAACUUCAGCACUGAUUUGGGUUCCGCGGGGUGCCCCCAGCCAGCGUGCCCAAUUAACUGUGAAACGUUUGAAAGCUGUGACACAUCUGAUCCUUCUUCCUUCUUCCCCCUUUUUCCAAAUGCACUUGUAGCUCCUGGGCUCUUCCUCGGUGGGGAUGGAUAAAUCCACCCCGCUAUUUAUCUCACCCUCGGUGGUGCUAUCCAUUUAGCGUUCCCCAUUCCAGCUCCUCUUCCUCCCUGGCCGAGAUCUGGGCCUCCCUCCUUCCUGGUCCCAUUGUGUCUUUGUGUUCUGUACAUACCUUUUCCUUCCUUCCGUCCUUCUUUGCUACCUUCCAGGACGGGGAGAGUAGAGCCAACUAUCCUUCCCUUUCUCUCCCGGCCCUCCUGCCUGUCUCUGAACUGGUUGUGCGGACUCGUGGUGCCCCUCCUUG